AUGCAGACAAAUUAUGGAGAUAUUGAGUUCGGAUUUCUCCCCAAUGUUGCCCCCAAAACAGUUGAGCACAUAUUCAAACUUGUUCGCAUGGGAUGCUAUAAUACUAAUCACUUUUUCCGGGUCGAUAAAGGUUUUGUUGCUCAAGUGGCAGAUGUUGUAGGUGGCAGAAUAGCUCCGUUGAACAAAGAGCAAAGAGAGGAAGCUGAAAAAACUGUUGUUGGUGAAUUUAGUGACGUGAAGCAUGUAAGAGGUGUACUUUCUAUGGGAAGGUAUGCUGAUCCCAAUAGUGCAUCUUCCUCAUUUUCAAUCCUUCUCGGAAAUGCCCCUCACCUUGAUGGUCAGUAUGCGAUAUUUGGUAGACUUACUAAAGGUGAUGAGACAUUAAGAAAGUUGGAGCAACUCCCUACCCGUCAAGAAGGGAUCUUUGUUAUGCCAAUUGAGCGGAUCAGUAUCCUAUCGACCUACUUUUACGAUACCGAUGGAGAAAACUGCGAACAAGAGAAAUCAAUGUUGAGAAGAAGGCUUGCUGCUUCUGCUAUUGAAAUUGAAAAACAGAGAAUGAAAUGCUUCCCAUGAUUGCAAGCAGCAACAAAGCCAUUCUUGGGCCUCUGCUAGGGCAUGGAAAAUUUUCACAAGCAACCUGAAUUGACAAGUGUUUAGUGUAUGCACCUGGGAGGGGGUUUGGGGGGGAUCUUAAUUGCAUAGUGAUAGUGUAAGUUCAUCCAAGUAAUGCAUUCAAGAAUGCAGGUUUUGAAACAUUUAUAGUAUUCCAUUAAAUGUUGAAACAUUCAACUCUUCUUACCAGAAAAAGAAAUAUAAAUAUUUAAUUUUUUUUUUUAA